GUCACCAAGUAGCAAAGCCCGGAGGACGAGCUGCAAGAUAUCCUACUGUGGCCACGAGUGUCUGCUGAGGACCUGCUUCAGCCCUCAGUUGUCCCCUCUCCCCAAGGGGCUCUGAGACCUUUGGGAUUCCUGUCACAUUCACUCAAGGGCCUGAGAGGACCUAACAAAUCACCCCGGAGGAGCUGAGCAUGACCCGGGACGAGGCACUGCCAGACUCGUAUUCAGCACAGGGCUUCUAUGAGAACUAUGAGCCCAAGGAGAUCCUGGGCAGAGGAGUUAGCAGUGUCGUCAGGCGCUGCAUCCACAAGCCCACGUGCCAGGAGUAUGCUGUGAAGAUCAUUGACAUCACCGGCGGGGGCAGCUUCAGCUCUGCGGAGGUGCAGGAGCUGCGGGAGGCGACGCUGAAGGAGGUGGACAUCCUGCGCAAGGUCUCGGGGCUCCCCAACAUCAUACAGCUGAAGGACACAUAUGAGACCAACACUUUCUUCUUCUUGGUGUUUGAUCUGAUGAAGAGAGGGGAGCUCUUUGAUUACCUCACUGAGAAGGUCACUCUGAGUGAGAAGGAAACCAGAAAGAUCAUGAGAGCCCUGCUGGAGGUAAUCUGCAAUUUGCACAAACUCAACAUUGUGCAUCGGGAUCUGAAGCCUGAGAACAUCCUCUUGGAUGAUGACAUGAACAUCAAACUCACAGACUUUGGUUUUUCCUGCCAGCUGGAGCCAGGAGAGAAGCUGCGAGAGGUCUGUGGGACCCCCAGUUACCUGGCCCCUGAGAUCAUUGAAUGCUCCAUGAAUGAUGACCACCCAGGUUACGGGAAGGAAGUGGACAUGUGGAGCACAGGCGUCAUCAUGUACACCCUGCUGGCUGGCUCCCCACCCUUCUGGCACCGGAAACAGAUGCUGAUGCUGAGGAUGAUCAUGAGUGGCAACUACCAGUUUGGCUCACCUGAAUGGGAUGAUUAUUCAGACACAGUGAAGGACUUGGUUUCUCGCUUCUUGGUGGUGAACCCCCGGGGCCGCUGUUCAGCAGAAGAGGCCUUAGCACACCCGUUCUUCCAGCAGUAUGUGGUGGAAGAAGUGCGUCACUUCAGCCCCCGGGGCAAGUUCAAGGUGAUUGCUCUAACAGUACUGGCUUCAGUGCGGAUCUACUACCAGUACCGCCGGGUGAAGCCGGUGACCCGGGAGAUCGUCAUCCGUGACCCUUAUGCCCUCCGUCCUCUGCGCCGACUCAUCGAUGCCUAUGCUUUCCGCAUCUAUGGCCACUGGGUGAAGAAGGGGCAGCAGCAGAACCGGGCUGCCCUCUUUGAGAACACACCCAAAGCUGUGCUCCUCUCCCUGGCUGAGGAAGACUACUGAGGGGCCAGCAGGUGGG